GGGACCCCCUGAAGAAAUUGUCCAGAGACCCCGGCUUAUAUGCGAUGUGAAAUGCUGGACUGCUUUACGCAGAUUUGUAGCGAGAACGCGCAGCGAAAAGGCGCCCCUUUCGAGUUGAACUUUCUCGAGACAGGAACGUGAUUCGGCUUAUACAAGAAAACACAAGAGCCCACGCUGCGCCGGGUGUAUGUACACUCCAGAUGGGGCCCGAGUCUGCACAUGUGGGAGCACUCCUGAGUUCGUUGAUUCGCCCGCUUUGUUGCCUUUUCUUCUCGCUCGUUCACUUCUCUCUUUCUUCUUGCGUGCCGGCUUUGCUCUCGUCUUUCUGUUGAAAAUGGCGCGAGGUCCGAGGAAGCACUUGAAGCGCAUUGCUGCGCCUCACCACUGGAUGCUGGACAAGCUGACGGGUCACUAUGCGCCUCGUCCCUCUCCAGGUCCGCACAAGCUCCGUGAGAGCGUUCCUCUGGUGGUGCUGCUGCGAAACAGACUGCGCUACGCACUGACGUACCGCGAGGUGAUGAUGAUCGUCAUGCAGCGCCUGAUUAAGGUGGACAACAAAGUCCGGACAGACCAGUGCUACCCUGCAGGCUUCAUGGACGUCAUUUCCAUCGAAAAGACCAAGGAGAACUUCCGCAUGCUCUUCGACACCAAGGGCCGGUUCGUCCCCCACCCCAUCCGCGAAGAAGAGGCUUCGUACAAGCUCUGCAGAGUCAAGAAGGUCGUCGUCGGCCCCAAGGGCGUCCCCGCUCUCAUCACCCACGACGGUCGCACCAUGCGUUACCCCCACCCGUCCAUCAAGGCACACGACUGCAUUCGCCUCGACCUCAACACUGGCAAGAUCGUGGACACGCUGAAGUUUGAAGCGGGCAACAUGGCGAUGGUGACUGGGGGUCACAACGUAGGUCGCGUGGGCGUCAUUGUGCACCGCGAGCGCCACCUGGGUGGCUUCGACAUCAUUCACUUGCGAGACGCGAAGAACAACGAGUUCGCGACGCGCAUUUCCAACGUUUUCGUCAUUGGGAAGGGUGAGAAGGCGUGGAUUUCUCUGCCGAAGGAGAAGGGCAUUCGGCUGUCGAUCAUGGAGAACCGCCAGGUUCUGCUGAAGAAACAGCAAAUGAACAACUAGGCCGGAUGUCGACGUACAUUCGAACCGCGCACACUCUCUCUUCUGGGUGCGGUUGCGGAGAGGGCGGAGUCGAGGGUGCCUCGGUUUCUGUUUUUUCCAGAGAAACUCCAGGAAAGAGGUCUCCAGUUGCGAUUGGAGGAGGAGAGCCGAGCUUGGGGGGAAGAGAGAAAUCGCUCUCGACUCGGUGUGUGUGCGCUUCUUACGCCUUCUGUCUCCUGUUUUGAGAGUCCCGACACUCGGGCGCCCCAUCGCGUGUCUGGGUCUUGACAACUUCUCCCGUUAAUCACUCCUGAAGUACGGACGUUGGACUUCAGAAACGGCGGUGCGACGUGGAAAGAUGCGACAGAGAACGGGUGAAGCGGAGGCGAACGAGAAUCUGCGAGAUCUCUUUGGAGGGGGGGACGUGGACCACGAGAAACACACGAAAAGAGCGCACAAACUAAGCAGACUACCAGAAAGAACGGGAGGUAGACGUCGUCUUCUCUUCGGAGAUCAGAACGCGAGCAAGAGUCGAAAUCCGACACGGAGAAAAACCGGGCGCUCUGCUACGGCGCAGCCCUCUCUCCUGUGUGAAGUUCGACGACAAAACUACGAUGUAGACCACAUGCACAAUCAUCCAAAAAGGCAGUACACGCAGGCAAUCAAAACAGUGCAGUAGGUCUCUACACAUACAUCUGUAGUCAUGUCAGGAGGUAGCCUAGAGACGCACAAAUAAUAGUCGC